CCACAGAUACCGUCACCUUCCACUCACUGCAGUAUGUUGACUAAUUGAACAAGACCUCCCAUUUCACUUCACCCUAGUAAAAGAAACAGGAAGUACCUCUGAGCUCCACAUUUUACUGAACGUGUCAAAUCUAUAUUAGACCAAAGCUACAGCGCGUCUUCCAAUCACACAACAGGGACGGAGAUACAACAAUGUCCUUGAGAUCAACAGGAAGUGUGUUUGUUGUUUUCCUCUGGUCUUUGACAGUGGUACUGGGUCAGGGUGACUGGGAUGUGACCUACUCCACUCAGAGUAUCUGUGUCUUGAAGAGUAUCUGUGUCUUGAAGGGGUCAACAGUGGAGAUGUCUUGCUCUUACACAUUUCCCAGUGGAACAGUCGAAUCAAACUACUGGUUCAUUAGAAAAGACACUGCUGGGAAUCCUGUGAACCUGAGUGAUGACCCAGACUACAGAGGUCGUGUGACGUACCGUAGUGAUGAGAAGAACAGACACACCCUGAUAAUCACAGACCUGAGAGAGAGUGACUCAGCUGAGUACAAGUUCAGAUUCAUUGCAGACGAGACUGGAAAGAAUUGGAUUGGCCAACCUGGUGUCUCACUGUCUGUCACAGGUCUUCAGGUCGAGGUGACUGGUAGAAAAAUGAAGACACUGACCUGUAGAACCACCUGUUCUCUGAUUGGUAACCCCACCUACAUCUGGUACAAGAACGGACAACAGAUAAAUGAGAGCUCCUCCCCCCAGUACAAAGACUCAGUCACCAGUAACUAUAGAGACAGUUACUCCUGUUCUGUUAAAGGUCAUGAGGAUCUCCACUCUCCUACAGUGUGUGAGUGUUUAUUUAAUACUGGAACACUGAGUCAGAUACAAGGGAGUUAGGUACAGAGGGAGUCAGGUACAGAGGGAGUCAGAUACAGGGGAGUCAGAUACAGAGGGAGUCAGAUACAGAGGGAGUCAGAUACAUGGGAGUCAGAUACUGAGGGAGUCAGAUACAGAGGGAGUCAGAU